AUGAACUCCUCAGGUGACUCUGAGCCAGAGGAAACCAGCCCACCUGCAGGAAGUACCAAGAUCCUUGCCUUGACUGUGUGCUCUGCGGCCAUUGGAGGCACCUUCCAGUACGGCUACAACAUCUCCAUCAUCAACUCUCCCACCAGCUACAUCCAGAGCUUCAUCAAUGAGACCUACAUGGAGCGUUGGGGCAAAGGCCUGGACGUCCCUCAGGUGACCCUGGUGUGGACUCUGAUCGUGUCCUUCUUCUCCCUGGGGGGUCUGGUAGGCGCUCUGCUGGCAGGGCCCAUGGCCGUCCACUUUGGAAGGAAGAAGUCGCUGCUCCUGAACAACGUCUUCCUGUUCGCCGGCACCGUGCUCGUGCUGACGUGCAAGGCGGCGAGGUCGUUCGAGAUGAUCAUCAUCGCCCGAUUCCUGGUGGGGUUGAACUCGGGUGUGAGCAUGAACAUCCAGCCGAUGUAUUUUGGGGAGAGCGCCCCGAAACACCUCAGGGGCGCCGUGGCCUUUUCCUCCGCUGUUUUCACUGCAUUUGGGAUUUUCUUGGGUCAGGUUGUGGGACUCACUGAGAUCCUGGGCUCUCAGCCUCUUUGGCCCUACUUGCUUGCUAGUAACGCUUUGCCGGGGUUGAUCCAGCUGCUCACCCUACCCUGGUUUCCGGAAAGCCCCAGAUACCUACUGAUUGACCGGGGAGACCGAGAAGCGUGCCUCAAGGCUCUUGGGAAACUCCGCGGCGGGGAGCCUCCGGUCCUGGAGAUCGAGGAGCUGCUUGAGGAGCAGGAGCAGCAGCAGCAACAAUCAACAUCUUCGAAAUCUGGAUCCGCGGUUGCCAGAUCCCCCUGGUCCCUGUUCAAGGAUCCUGACCUGCGAUCCCAGCUCCGAACAAUCAUGGGCGCCAGUAGUGCCAUGAUGCUCUGUGGAAAUGACUCAAUCUACUUCUAUGCUUACUAUAUCUUUCUGGCAGCAGGGAUCCCUCCGCAGAAGAUCCAGUAUAUCACCAUCGGCACCGGCGCAUCUGAGCUAUCUGCUUCUAUACUGAGUAACCUUCUGAUUGAACGUGUGGGUCGCAGGUACCUUCUUGUUGGAGGGUACUGUCUCAUGUCCUUCUGGUCCGUAGUCUUCACCAUCGCUCUCAUCCUCCAGAGCCAAGGAGUGGUGGGGAUGUCCUACCUCAGCAUGGUGUGCGUGUUUGCUUACAUCCUCAGCUUCGGCCUGGGCCCGGCAGGGGUGACGGGCAUCCUGCCAGCUGAGAUCUUCGACCAGGCGGCUCGCCCGGCAGCGUACAUGAUCGCCGGCUCGUUCAUGUGGAUCAGUCUGUUCUUGGUGGGAAUGCUGUUCCCCUUCAUCGUCAAAUACCUGGGGAACUACUGCUUCCUGCCUUUCCUGGUCGUGUGCGUGGUGUCCGCUGUGUUUCUGGGGCUCACCUUACCGGAGACGAAAGGCAAGACGUUGGCGGAGAUCACUGCAGAUUUUCAGGGAAGGAAGAAGUCGAAGAAAGAGAGGUCAAAGAGGCAGGUGGAGAGGCCCGUUGAGACUCACUACAAGCUGGGUGCAGCCUGCUCCUUCACUGACAUCAUGCAAGAUCCUGAGCCCGCCCAUAAGAAUGGAGACAUCAAUUUGAAUGUUCCGGUAGAAAUGGAAAUGAAUCAGACAGUGCCUGUUGUAGCCACUUAAUGCACUUGAUAGGUUUGGCGUCAUUAGGUGCGUACUAUUGAAAAUACAGAAAAUGCGUCAAAUACACACACAACCAAAUAUACAAACAUGUGGCUCACACACAACACAACCAACUAUACAAACAUGUGGCUUACACACAACACAACCAAAUAUACGAACAUGUGGCUUACACACAACACAACCAAAUAUACAAACAUGUGGCUAACACACAACACAACCAAAUAUACAAACAUGUGGCUAACACACAACACAACCAAAUAUACAAACAUGUGGCUAACACACAACACAACCAACUAUACAAACAUGUGGCUUACACACAACACAACCAAAUAUACAAACAUGUGGCUUACACACAACACAACCAAAUAUACAAACAUGUGGCUCACAAACAACACAACCAAAUAUACAAACAUGUGGCUUACACACGACACAACCAAAUAUACAAACAUGUGGCUUACACACAACACAACCAAAUAUACAAACAUGUGGCAAACACACAACAAACCAAACAUGUGACUAACCCCCAACAUAACCAAAUAUACAAACGUGGCUUACACACAACACAACCAACUAUACAAACAUGUAGCUUACACACAACGCAACCAAAUAUAUAAAUAUGUGGCUAACACACAACAAAACAAACUGCCAAUCGACAACCAAACACAGAAAUGCUGCAAUUGGCACACACCCCGAUAGGUGAAUGUUUUCUAGUCUACACAAACAGUGAUGAGCCCAGCUACAGAGAACUUUCACAUUUAAAUUUUAGCUUAUUUUAUGUGUGUUUUUAGGAGUGGCUAAUUUUAAUAUCUUAAAUAAGUCAAACAUUUCACAGCAAAUGUGACCCAGCUGGGUUCACCACUUUUUGUUGUGUCCCCUGGCAACACACCCAUUUCA